GUAUUCGGUGUGUCCGCACAGUCGUGUAGUAAACAGCUGACAGGCCGGCACGUACCGUCGUGUGCAGGCUGCCUCCGCGUACGACACACCACCGCACUAUUUUGGGGGCAGAUCGCGGCUAAAACGAUGCGAACGGCAGCUACGGUCCGUGACAGUUGAAUUUCAGUGCGUUUCAGUGGCAGUUUCAGUCAGGAAAACGCGACAAAAAAAUGGGGGAGCGCGAACGGAUAAAGGCCAUCCGGGUCGGGUUCUAUGACAUCGAGAGGACCAUAGGCAAAGGCAACUUCGCCGUUGUCAAACUGGCCAGGCACAGGAUCACCAAAACCGAGGUCGCCAUUAAAAUUAUAGACAAAUCACAACUGGAUGGCAACAAUCUGCAAAAGGUUUACAGAGAAGUUGAUAUUAUGAAGAGGUUGGAUCACCCGCAUAUAAUAAAAUUGUACCAGGUCAUGGAGACGAAAAACAUGAUCUAUUUGGUGUCAGAAUACGCUAGUCAGGGGGAGAUAUUUGAUUACAUAGCCAGAUAUGGUAGAAUGUCGGAAGAUCAAGCGAGGACGAAAUUCUGGCAAAUCUUAUCUGCCGUCGAAUACUGCCACAAUCGUAAUAUUGUACAUCGAGAUUUAAAGGCUGAAAAUCUACUAUUAGAUACGAACAAUAACAUUAAAAUAGCUGACUUUGGGUUUUCGAAUUAUUACACAACUGGAGGCCAGUUAUCCACUUGGUGCGGUUCACCCCCGUACGCUGCACCUGAAGUUUUCGAAGGGAAAAAAUACAUUGGUCCUGAAAUUGACAUAUGGAGCCUGGGAGUGGUGCUUUACGUUUUAGUUUGCGGCGCUCUUCCAUUUGACGGUUGCUCCUUGCAGGCCCUCCGUGAUAGAGUAUUAUCCGGGAGAUUCCGGAUUCCAUAUUUCAUGAGCUCAGACUGUGAAUCUCUAAUAAGAAAGAUGCUGGUUCUGGAGCCGAACAAGCGAUUUAUUAUUGCCCAAAUCAAGAAACACAGAUGGAUGCAAAUGGGCCUUCCUCCAAAAAUACCCACAUCAUUUUCCAUACCCAUCAAUCAGCCAAUUGAACAAAUUCUAAGGCUUAUGCAAAGCUUGGGAAUUGACAGCACCAAAACCAGAGAUUCUAUUAGACUUGGAUCUUACGACCACCAUGCUGCAAUUUACUAUCUCCUGCUGGACAAACUGAGGAAUCAACUAGACGGAGGGGAUCACUCAGGGGUUAGAGAAGUACAACGACGAAGGCCGUCAAGCGUUGCAGAGCAAGCAAUGAGAAAGUUGGGUAGAGCAAGUACCAGUGAUGACUGCCGAAGAGUAUCCCAUUACGGCAUGACCACCCCCCACGCCAGCAACAAUAAACUCAAUGCGUCCGUAGGUAUGGCCACUAGUACAACCAACGCACUUGCACCAAGCCCCGUGAGCCCAAUACUGUCCCGCCAUUCCGACACGUCAAGAAAAAGCGAAUCCCCCCCAAUCCACGGCAUCGAUGCCGAAAAACUUCUCGCCGCCACCAACUGCGAGGACGCCCUAAAAAUCUUAAAUCAAGCAACCACAACCAGCUUUAGCAUGUGCUCGGAAGCGACGAAACUGAUGUCUACACUCCAGAUGUCCGCGAUUCCAUCCACGUCCGCCGAUAAUGCAGCGUUCAAGGAAUUUAAUCAAAUGCACAUGUACAAUCCUAUGCAGAAUCCAAUACAUUCGCAUCCAUUCGAAAUUCCGGAGAACAUUUCUGCCGUAAGGAUCGGGAACUUUCAGAUCGGAGAUAUCCAAAACCAGUAUUCCAGUUCGACUGACGAAGGCGUAGAAACUGAUCUUGAGGACCACACCCAUCGUCACAGCUACGCCUCAUCCAGUUCAUCAAGUGGUGUGGUCACCAAUUUCACUAACUCCAAAACUCUAAGCCAAAAUCUCAGUUGUGAUAGUAAUUUUGAAAGCUUAGAAUAUCCUUUAACAGGGUCUAACGAAUUAUGUAGUAGUCUUACUAGUUGCGCUUCAAGUGAUAAAAUACAAGAACCCACUUUGACAAGUUCAACACCAAUAUCAAACCUUCACACAACAUAUUCGUCAGGUGGUGCAAGAUCCUUGUUCCAUAAAAACAGCCCUUUAGUUCACAUGCCGAGUUAUAAGUCGACCAGAGGAAUUACAAGAUCUCCCGUAGAUUUUAGAGAAGGAAGAAGAGCUAGUGACGGUUUAGUGGGUCAACAACAACCUGACACUACAUCCGGCGUCGUGGCCUUUAACUCUCAAAAAUUCAACGAACACCAAUCGAAAACCAAAGGUGUGCUCGAUAUGCACCUGGUGCAACGUGAGGCGCAAAGGCUCCAAUCUCAGUACCAAGCCAGAGAGCACCCAGAAGAAAUCUCCCACCGCCAGAAACAGCACAAUCAGUACUUGCAUCCAAGGGGACCUAAACGGGUCAGUCUCCCUGACAACUUUAGCUACACCACCGUUUCCACCGAGCCACAGUUACAUACGGCCAUGCAACACAGGAUUUUGCAGCAGAAACGUCAGAUAUUACAAAAGCAAAGCGCUCUGAACAACCAGACCGCCAGUACUAGCGUCGAGACGGCGCACGCAAUUUCGCGACGGCAAAUGUUGCGCCAGGCGAGCUACAAAAUCGCCCAGCAACAGACGGUGAUGCCGCCGCUUCCUCUGACCGAAAACGAGAGUCAAGAUCUGAUGGCGUUCCAAGCUCUGGUCGAAAACUCCGGCGAAAACGCCUGGAGCGCUCUGCCCGGCACCAUGCAGAAUUCCUGCCAAAUUUCGGAGACCUCGACCUUACCAACUGCCAAUUGGACUGGAUGGACGCAGCAAGGGGCGCAGUACCAAACCAAUCAUCCUUGGCCACCACUUCUACCUCUUCGCGAAAGUCCAAUAUUAGAGAUAACCGAACAAAUGGAAUAAAAAUAAAAGGACAAGCAAUAUUAUUUUGUAUGUUAUUAUUAACGAUUUUAAAGUCUGUGGCUGUUCAGCUCAAGCCAUAAACUGUGCUCUAUAAUGUUCACUUUUAAUAUACUAUAGAUUAUUAAAUAAGACUGUUCUAAAUUUUUAUACAUGUAUAUUUUUCAGAAUUAAUUAUCGAAAUAAAUUUUAUUUGUUAUUAGAUAGUUUUGUUAACUUCAGAGGUCUUCAAAAUUCCAAUUGAUUAAGUUAUAAUAAAAUAUUAAAUAAUUUAAUUAGGAUAGGUAAAUAUGACAAUAACGCUAAUGCUUAAUCUUAUUGGGAACGUUCGAAAGUGUUGUCCAAUAUUAAAAGGAAUUUUAAAAUUAUGUACAUUAUGAAUGACCAGAAUGAAUCAAAGUACGUUUAUGUUAAUAGUAUAUAUUUGAAUGUUUUGAUUCGUUCUAGUUCUUUUAAACCACCAGUGUUCUGUAUUAAACAAAAAACUUUCGAAUUUUCUAACAAAACAGUCGACCGCAAAGAACCACUAUGAUGUUAUAUAAUUAUCGUGAUUUGUUACGAACUGUUUUGUAAUAUCAAGACUGAUUCUAGAAUUUUUAUAUAGAUUUCGCUGUGUAAAUUUGAGCUCGACAGUUACAGGCACACAGUUUAUACAAACAUCUUAUUGGAUGAUUGUUUAAAAAGUUACAAGAUGUAUUUAAAUAUUUGAUAAUUGCUCUUACUUUCAACACAUAUUCAUUAAAAAACAACAUAAUAGUUGAUCUCUAACUCACUGUAAACAGGUGAUAAGACUAUAUGAUGUCAAUUUGUUACACACAGAUUUAGUCUAGUCGUUUUUGAUAUACUAUUAGUUAUUAUUAAAGAUAUAUAUCAGUUCAUCGACAAAUUUGUGAUCCACAACUUCUAUGAUACUAAACUCGAUAUACUGAUAUGUAAAAGUGGUAACAUUGUGACGGAAAA